GAAGCUUUAACUCUUACUCUCUUAUGUGUAUUGGUGAGACAAGACUUGAGAGGAGCUUGAAGCUUUCAGGAUUCAUCGUCGGCCUUCUGCCUUUUCGAUCGUUACACAACACAGUUAGUCUUCAUUUUAGUCUGGAGAGCAAUGGCAGUCAAAAUCGUCGUAAUAUUCGACUUCGAUCGGACGCUAAUCAACGACGACUCCGAUAGAUGGGUCAUUGAGCAUAUGGGUCUCACCCAAUUGUUCAAUCAGCUCCGCCUCACAUUACCUUGGACCUCUCUAAUGGAUAGAAUGGUGGAGGAAAUACAUUCACAGGGGAAGACUGUUGAAGAUAUAGCUGAGUGUUUGAAGCAUGUCCCAUUGCAUCCACAAACCAUUUCAGCCAUUAAGUCAGCUCAUGCACUUGGAUGUGACUUAAAAGUAGUUAGUGAUGCAAAUCAAUAUUACAUUGCUACUAUAUUGAAGCAUCAUGGAUUAUAUGAUUGUUUCUCAGACAUUAUAAGUAACCCGACUACCAUAGAUGGAGAAGGUAGGCUGCGGAUUUUUCCUUACCAUGAUUUGGCAUCACCGCACAGUUGUAAUCUCUGCCCUCCCAACUUGUGCAAGGGUCUUGUAAUGAAGCAUAUCCGAGAUUCUAUUCCAGAGAAAGCGUAUGCAAGAUUCAUUUAUCUUGGAGAUGGCAGAGGCGAUUACUGCCCCACCUUGAAGCUUGACAGCCGUGAUCAUAUCAUGCCGAGAAAGGGAUUUCCUUUAUGGGAGUGUAUAUUUAACAACCCAGGGCUUAUCAAAGCUGAAGUUCAUGAAUGGAGCAAUGGUGAAGAACUAGAAAUGAUCCUACUCCAGCUUAUCCACAAAAUCUCCAAGGAAAACAAUAUCUAAUCCUCAGUACCAGUGGACUGAGAAAAAAAAAAAAAAAAAAAAGAGUAGCUGACAAAUGAAAAGGUUAAUAAUCUUUACAAAUUCUGAACCCAGUAUACAUUUAUACAAAAUAUGGUGUAUGGCUUUUAACCUGCUAAUAAAGUUUGGAAAUGAAUGGGUCAGAGAGAGGACAUAGAAAGUGCACGCUAAUUAUUGCUAUUAUUUUUAUUUUUCCUUAUUAAAACAUUGUAGUAUUGUACAUUGUUAAUUCUAAGGACAUAUUUUGUUUACCUAUACAGUUUGAUGUUUAAACUACC